GAAAAUUCCUGAAAUGUUUUCAUCAAAAAACAUAAUUUCUUUACGAUUGUAGAAAGAAAGACAUGAACAUAUUGGAUGACAAGGAAGUGAACUAAUCAUUUAAAUAGGCUUGCCUUUAUUAAUUCUGUUAUUGAAGUAAUACUACCUCUUGUGUAUAUGUCAUUGAGGAUAUGAAUGCGGAUAUUUCAGAUAGAAAUCAAGAUGAUAAUCUCAUAUUGUCAAGUAAAGUGUUUUUGCCUGUAGGUAGUUAUAACAUGGUUUAUUACCAGACUCAAUGCUGUCUGUUUUGUUAGUGCCGAGUUAUUAAAGCUGCAGUCCGUAAGUUUUGCCUCUUUGUCGCCAUCUCUGUUUGAAACCUGCAGUUGCAGUUAUUUGCGGAAUUGUCAUCUGUACAUGAGUUGUGCAGAUGCAUGGCUUCUCAUAGUGGAUUAAUCUAAUGUUUUGAGGUGUACCGAAGUUAUAUUUACUGUACUUCAGAAUUACAGAUUUUAUGUCUUGGAAGUAUGAACCAAAUAAGAAUUUUCACUGGAUAUUGUCAUUCUGAACAAGUAAGCAACAUGUCUGCCACUUUUGUUCUGACCAACUGAGUAAAAAAACAACAUUACAAUGAAUUGCACUACCAAUGGUGAUUUGGUUACAUGUAGAUUUCAAUGGUGAUCGUUACAUGUAGAUUUCAGUUUCUGUACAGUCUAAUCUCUAAUUGUCAUACCAUUCAAAAUUCAUAUAAAGAAUUUGUUCUUUUAACCCAAAAUGCAAAUUUAUGUUCCUUAGAACUGGUUCUCUUUAAAAUACAAAUCUUGUGUUGUAUUACGUAUCGGUAAUUACUUGCACAUUUAAAACCGGAAUCUAACACAAUCCUUCUGGAUUAUGAUCCACCAUCAAAAUGAUCAGUUUAAUUAUUCCAGCUGCUGUGAGGAAAAGCUAUUAAUAAUCUGCCACCUACAGCAUCCUCACAUGCGAUAUAGCCUACUAGCUGGAGCUCCUUCUUUUUUUUUUUUUAUAGACGUGGCAUAAUGACACCAAGACGAGCAGUGACAUGCUUGUAUUUUUGUGAAAACCUACCAAAUUAGAAAACAUUAUUACAAUCUUACCGUUGUGAAUCAGGUUAAAGUAAGGAGAUAGUUCUGAACAUAGUUGGCUGGUUAUGUACUUAUAUACUCAAAAACUGAUUUCAGAUCAUUUUUAACCAAAAAAAGUCAUGGACUGCAGCUUUCAGGACAAAGCUGGUAUGACAGGUAGUACAGAUAAUCACAGGCCCAUAGCUUUUGUCAGUAUUCUGUCCUAAGAUUUAGAAAGAUUUUUAUAGAUAGGAUAAAUGAGUUCAUUAAUUCUGCAGAUAACUUGUUGGGUUUUUAAGCAAAACAUGGCAGUGACCUGUGUAUGUAUGCUUUACAGGAGAUGGUAAACAAGUAUAUAACUCAUCAGUUAUGUGUAGGGCUUUGAACAUGGUGUUGAUGCUUUGCAAGAGUGUUAUGGUCUAUAGAACUAAAGAGAAUAAAUGUCAAAAUAUUCUGGCUUUAAUUUGUCUAAUAAGAAUCUUACUGUGCGUGUGAAAUUGAAAUAUCUUGGACAUUUUAUUACUGAGCACAUGACAGAAAAUGAGGACACUGAAGGGUAAACAUUUAUGUUGAAAUAGAUAUUUUUGUUCUGGUUCUUGUAAGGUUGUUUAGGCUGUUACAAGUCAAAGAAUUCUAAAGCAGAGGUCUUUAGCCAUGCUCCUUGAGGCCCACUGUCCUGUACAGUUUAGUUCUAACCCUAGUGGGUCAGGGUUGAAGACCUAUGCUCCAAAUAUUCUUGAAGCCUCAACUGUGGAGUAUUGGGGUUAAAAACUAGGUGAUGGUCACCAGUUUUCAUUUCAGGCAACCAGAUAUUUCCUGUGCUCUGAGAAUGGAAGGGAGUUUUGCUUUUCUUUCUCUAGCUUGGUUUAUCUAGCACUCUUCUGCAUUUCUACUGAGGUUAGCAGUAAUGUCAACCACAGCAACCAGGGUCCAACGUCACAUGCGAGCAAAGUUUCCUGCAUAGGUACCGGAGUUUCUGAACAGACAUGAAUCUUGUCACUUGCUCAAACAGAGGCAACCCAGCCACACAGGACAACCAAAAAUCACUGUAUGCCAAGAUUUUGAGGAGCAGUGGUCAGCAAGUGUACAUCACUUUUUGGCUGUCACAAUGUUGCAGGAAGGCAAUUUAACCAUCAAUGAGUCCUGUCAGAUUCAUGAUGGCAUAUUGUCGCCCUUCUUGCCCAUUGGCUACAUUGUCAUCUGUUGCAUUGGUCUGCUCUGCAACACCAUCACCCUCUACAUAUUUUUCCUUCGGCGGCAUGCAGACACUUCCAUGGCCGUGUACAUGCGGCAUCUUGCCCUGGCGGACACCCUCCUGGUCAUGUGUUUGCCUCUGCGAGUUUACUACCACAACAAAGAAGGUCCCUUUUACUUGUGCAAGGUGGUGGGCAUCUUCUUCUACUUGAACAUGUACUCCAGCAUCCUGUUCCUCAGCCUCAUCAGUCUGGAUCGCUACUUGAAAAUCAUCAAGCCCGUUUGGGUCUUUCGAAUCCAAAAGACAAAGUGGAGCCACAUGGCAAGCUACAUCGUCUGGGCGAUCCUCAUUUCAGGGAUGAUUCCGUUUUUUUCAAGCAACAGUCAAAAACAUCCAUGUGACAAGGUUUGCUUCCACUUCCACAGCAAGGGGACUGUUGGUGGGACCAUAAACCUGACAACAGUGGUGCUCUUCCUUGUUUUUUAUGUAGCCUUUCUUUGUUUUUAUGUGAGGAUCACUAAGAAACUCAAGACUAUGUCCAUGGGUAAUGGUGACCCUAAGGCACAGAGUCGCAAAAAGAGGGUCAUCAUAAAGACUUUCUUAGUACCGGCAAUUUUUACUUUGUGUUUCUUGCCCUACCAUGCCGUACGAAUACCAUACGUUCUAGCUCAGAUGAAUAUAAUCGGAGAUCUUCAUAGCCAACAAUUGUUGCACAUCUUAAAUGAGAGUACCUUGCUAUUAUCCGCUCUAAAUAGUUGCUUAGACCCAAUUAUCUAUUACUUCUUAUCCAGUGCAUACAGGAAAACAAUACUGUGUGCCAUUCAGGGCAAGUUUAAAAACAUGUAUGCUUUAAACAGAAGAAGAAUCAGCAUAAACCGCUCACUCACUGAAAUUUAGCAUUAAUGGAUGACUUUUCCAUUUGUGACUUAUGAGGUCCACAUGAAUUAAAAUUUGUAAAUUCAACACACUGAAAAUAUUUAUUUGAGUCAUGUAUGAAAUGAUGUAUACUAUUGAUCACAGCUUUUGGACUUUUUAAAAUAAUAAUAAUAAUAAUAAAGAAGAAGAAGAAGAAGAAGAAGAAGAAGAAGAAGAAGAAGGUGUGUUCAGUCCUCUGACUGACAGUUUUAGUUUGUUUAAGCAGGUCUUGUUUUUCUGUAGAUGCUGAAUAUGCAGCUGUAGCAUUUUCUUUAAAGCAGUGGUUCUCAAAUAGUUUUUUCUUUGAUGUAAAUUUUGUGGUGGUGCUCAGAAACAAUAUCAAAAUUGUUUAACCAAAAUCUUAACCAAAAUCUAAACUGGAAAUAUUGGUAUGAAACUGUAAAAGCCCAACAACAUGUACAGUAUAUUAACAUUAUAUGGGCUGGAUAAGAAAAUAAUAUGUGUUAUUUAAAUGUGUCAAUAAGUUAUCUGUGGCCAUAAAAUAAAAUAAAAUAAAAUAAAAUAAAAUAAAAUAAAAUAAAAUAAACAAUAUAUGCACAGCUAUUGACUUCAAUGACAAAAUAAGGGAAGCAUUGAUUUAUAUCUGAACUAUACACUGUUAUAUUUGCUUUGUAGUUUAAUUCUCUCUUUCUCUCACUAUAUAUAUACAGUCUGCAUUUAGCGUUGCAUUUUCUCUGCUGUCUGUGACCAGAACCAACUAUUUGAGAACCACUGAGCUUGAGUAUCAGAGUGUGCAUUUGUGGAUAGACUUUUUAGUUUUCCUUCAUGACUUUAUUUAACUGAGAGAAAGACCUGUAUUUUAAAAUAAGAAGAAUGACUUUUGUAAAUGUUAUGGAUUUCCCCUACUGUAAUGGAUCCCAUGUGGUUGACAUGGGUGCUGUUGUGUUAUGAGUGUAACCGUUUGUGGUGAUAGAUGUGUGUUAGCCACAUUAAACUUUUUUUUGUGAGAGCAAUGUGGGAAAAUACUAAAUGUUUUUCAUGAUGAAAAAAUAUAUAUAUAUAUUUUGCACUUUUUAUUAUUAUUUAAUUAUUUAAACAUUAAAACAAUCUUUUUUAACAAUCUUUUUUAGGAACUUGGUUGAAUAUUUGAUUUGAUUUGUAGACAAGUAUCUGCAAACUGAAUGAGAUUAACCAUGUUGCAUACUGCAUUAGUAACCUGAUAAAUACAAAUGCAAUAAAGUUGUGUAUAUUUUUGUGUAUAAAAUGUAUUACUGUCUGCAUGCUUUUCUUCAUGUUUUAAUAAACUGUGUAUGUACAUAAUCAUGCAAACAUUAUUGUAACAGUUCAUGGUAAUAAAAUGCAAAAUAAUGGUUAUUUAUUUAAAUACAAUUUCUCAGUUUACAACAGUGCAUUGUUUGUUGCAAAAACUGCAGUUCUCAGCUGAUGUCUUAGAUUAGUGAACUAGACACGACGCUCAGAUUGCGCUUGACAUGAUGCUUAGAGCUGCUGUGUGGGUUUAAUAUUGUCAUUUGGUUUAGAUUAACGGAUUGGAGGGAGCAUUGAUAAACUGAUGAGAAGUGUUUUCUGCAGCGUGUGGGUGACAAGCAGGAUCCUGUUUGUGACUUGAUGAGUUUCAAGUUCAGAUAAUUUUCCACUUACUCAAAGUUUUGAUUUGUAAUACAUCCUUAUACACAAACAUACACACACACACACACACAUGCUUGUUUUUGUGAACUGUGGGGAUUUUCCAUAGACUUCUAUAGUUUUUAUACUGACUAAACGAUAUUGUCUAUCCCCUAACUCAACCUUAACCCUAAACCUACCCCUUACAGGAAACAUGUUUGCAUCGUUACAUUUUCAG